GGUAAUCCUUAAAACGAAGCUAUAAUCAUUAAAAGUUGGUACAGAUCACAAAUACGAUUUUUAAAUCAAUAAUAAAAAAGCUGAUAUUAAAAAUAAAUCGCGAUUAAUUUGAAACUUUGGAAUUAUGUAAGAGGUCCUCAACUUAAAAUUAUUUUAAAAUCACGAAAUGUGUGGGUUUAUUCUCUUUUCUAAAUUUUGAAUUAAACUGGCUGCAGUUAUUUCUUUUCUUCCAAGUCCUCUACACUUGAUUUAUUGAAAUUCAAAUUGAAUAAAUCCUCUUAUCACAAGAUAAUGGAAGAAAUAAAUCACCUGUGCAGAUACUGAAAUACAACAUGGAUGCUCAUUUCUGCAAGACGGGUACUAUAGAGAAAUUGGUCAACAGCAUCGAACAACCAUUUGUGUAUUCAGCACGUGAAUGCGACCGACUCGAAGCAUAUGUGCGAGACGUUAUCAACUUGGGAAGCGUUGGGUGUUACCAGCACCAUUCAAUCGACAGGACCCUUUUAAGAACGAAAUACUUUUUCGGGGAGCGGUACACAUAUGGAGCACAAAUGUCAGAGAAACGACUCGGAUUGGAACGGCUAUACCCGUCCAAUCUAAUAGAACCUAUACCGCUUUGGAUCUAUUUGUAUAUUAUAAAUCCUCUCAUUUCGGCGAAUGUAAUUGAGGCAAACUUUGUGAAUAGUGCCGUCAUAAACGAAUACCUACCAGGUGGCUGCAUUGUCUCACAUAUUGAUCCCCCUCACAUUUUCGAUCGCCCUAUAAUAUCCAUCAGCCUGUUCAGUGAUUGUGCAAUGUGUUUCGGCUGUAAAUUCGAAUACAAGCCAAUUCGUUGUAGCGAACCGAUCCUACGCCUUCCUUUGCCACGGGGUGUCGUUACUUUGCUCAGCGGGUUUGCGGCAAACGAAAUAACGCACUGUAUUCGUCCAGAGGAUACCACGUUUUAUAGAGCCGUCAUACUUCUAAGAAGAGUGUUACCAAACGCCCCUCGUCUUUCACAUUUGAGUACGCUAUUGGAUGCUAACAAUGUUAAUUUAGUCGCAGCCAGUAAGUUUAAGUUGGACAAUGAUAAAACAACUGAAGGUGUGCUGAAGAAAUUUUGUGACAAAUAUUCGAAGGUGCGUAAAGGUAAACGUGGCAAUUAUGGAGGAAUUAUGAAAGUUCAUACGAGAAAAACCUACUUCGCCGACAACAAACAGUACGCAAAUAAAGCAUAUAGUAUCAGCGAGUAGGAAUUCACUUAGAAUUGUGAUAGAAACCUGGCUUAGUUUUUGUAUGUAAUUUAAUGUAUAUUUCGUAAUUAGAUAUUUUGUCGUUUUCUUCUAA